AUGAAGAGGGAAGCAUCUUCCAUGAGGAAAGAGAUCAAAUCUCUUGAAUCAAGGAUGAAAAAACUGGAAGAUCAGGCCGAUGCGGCUACUAAGGCCCAGCAGAUGGCCGAAGAGAAAGCGGAGUCUGCUGAGGCUAUCCGAAAAGUAGCUGAAGCUGAGAAGAAGGAGGCCGAAGUGAAAAAGGCUCAGGCUGAGAAGGAGCUUCAGCAGGCUUUGGCCACCAAGGAGGCCGAAGUCAAAGAGGCUGAUGAAAGGGCCUACGCCCAGGGUAUGGCCGAUGUCACAGAGGAUUAUAAACUUCAAGUCAGGCAGGCAUGCAACAUGGGAUUUUCCCUGGGUUGGAUGUCCCUGAUAAAAAAACUUGAUCUCCCUGUUGACUCGCCCUUUCGUAAUGCCGAUGCCAUUCCUUUACCAUUCCCUCCUCCAAGUCAGGCUGAAAAUGAGUCAGAGACUGAGGCUGAUGCGAGGAUGAGGAUGAAGGGAAAAAUGAUGAUGAGGCCUUGGUGA